AUGGACUCGACGAAUCUGAUGCCUAAUCAAAAAAGUCAGAUUCCUGCAAAGCCAUUUCAGCCACCAUUGCCAUACCCAACCCGAGCUAAGCAAGAGAAGAAGGAAGAAAACUACCAGAAGUUUCUAGACCACAUAAAAGCCCUUCAAAUCAAUAUACCAUUCAUCGAGGCAGUUGUACAAAUGCCAAAAUACGCCAAAUUCCUCAAGGAGCUACUAACCAAUAGAAGGAAGAUGGAAGAGGUGAAGGAAGUGGUUCUUAAUGAGAAUUGCUCAGCUGCCAUGUUAAACAAACUACCAAAGAAGAAGGGUGAUCCCGGAAGCUUAACUUUGCCUUGCCAAUUUGGGAAUUUGGCCACCAUUCAUGCUUUGGCUGAUUCGGGAGCAAGUGUAAAUCUCAUGCCAUAUUCAUUUUUCAAGAAAUUAGAUCUCCCGAAACCAAGGCCAAUUCGAAUGUCAAUCCACUUAGCAAAUAAAAUGGUCACCUUUCCAAGAGGAAUAUGUGAAGAUCUAUUGGUGAAGGUAGAUAAGUUCGUGUUUCCCGCGGACUUUAUAAUUCUAGACAUGGAAGCGGAUCCUCAAGUCCCGAUCAUCCUUGGAAGACAUUUCCUUAAUACAGCAAGCGCUAUAGUUGACAUGCGAGAUUCAAAACUUACUCUAUGGGUAGGGGAUGAUUUAGUCACUUUCGGGGUUGAUCAAGCCAUGAAGCAUGCAAGGCAUAGUGAUGACAUGACAUUUUCAAUUGAUAUGUUGGAUGAAUUGAUGGAGGGAUGGCAUAAUGAAGAUCCAAACAAGUCCACCAUCACCGUUACUGAAGAACUUGAUGCUGAAAAACACCUACUAUAA